ACGAAGAAGAAUGUAACGCAUUGGAAGCAGUAAUGUUCGUUGGUUGUCGUUUGUUGUCGUUUGUUGUUGUUGAUGUGCGCAGCUUUCAUUUUCAUCUCGCAAUGCGACAGUCUGGAGGCAGAAUGAGCGUCUGGUGCUGGCUGCUGAUCCCAUGUCUCUUCACCUCGUCCUCAGCUCACAACGACUUCUUCACAUCCAUCGGACAAAUGAGCGACCUGCUGUUCACGGAGAAGGACCUGGUCUCCUCCCUGAAGGACUACAUCCGAGCUGAGGAGGACAAACUGGAGCAGAUCAAAAAAUGGGCCGACAAACUGGACGUUCUGUCCUCUGCAGCGACUCAGGACCCUGAGGGAUUCCUGGGACACCCAGUGAACGCCUUCAAACUGAUGAAGAGACUCAACACAGAGUGGGGCGAGCUGGAGAGCCUGGUGUUGACUGACAUGUCUGACGUGUUCAUUUCCAACCUCACCAUCCAGAGGCAGCACUUCCCCAAUGACGACGACCAGAUCGGAGCUGCCAAAGCUCUGAUGAGGCUUCAGGACACCUACCAGCUGGACACCAGCAGCAUCUCCUCUGGACAGCUGCCAGGCUUGUCCUCACUUGACUCGCACCGAACCACUCUGACCGUGGAUGACUGCUUCGACCUGGGCAAGGUGGCGUACCUGGAGGCCGACUACUACCACACUGAGCUAUGGAUGGUCCAGGCCCUGAAUCAGCUUGAGCAGGGAGAGGUGUCCACAGCUGUGGACACCGUCACCAUCCUGGACUACCUGAGCUACUCAGUGUACCAGCAGGGGGCGCUGCAGCAGGCGCUGCACUUUACCAGGAGGCUGCUGGAGCUUGACCCUACUCACCAGCGAGCCAUCGGGAACCUGAAGUACUUUAAGUACCAGCUGAGCAAACAGAAGAAGGUGGAGCAGGGUGAGGCCAAGAGGCAGCGGCAGGAGUCCCGGGUUCAGGCUAAUGAUUACCUGCCGGAGAGGAAGACGUACGAGCAGCUGUGUCGCGGCGAAGGCGUCCGCAUGAGCCCCCGCAGGCAGAGCCGCCUCCUCUGCCGUUACCAUGACAACAACCAUCACCCGAGGUAUGUGAUUGGCCCAGUAAAGGAGGAGGACGAGUGGGAUCGCCCACGCAUCGUCCGAUACCACGACAUCGUGUCGGACAAAGAGAUGGAGAAGGUGAAAGAGCUGGCGAAACCCAGGCUCAGGCGUGCCACAGUUCAUGACCCUCAAACCGGCAAACUGACCACGGCCCAUUACAGAGUCUCCAAGAGCGCAUGGCUUGGAGCCUUUGAACACCCGGUGGUGGAGACCAUCAACCAGAGGAUCGAGGACAUCACAGGUCUGGACAUUACCACAGCCGAGGAGCUGCAGGUGGCGAACUAUGGCGUGGGGGGACAGUACGAACCUCACUUUGACUUUGGACGGAAGGACGAACCGGAUGCUUUUGAGGAGCUGGGGACAGGAAACCGAAUCGCCACGUGGCUUCUUUACAUGAGUGAUGUGGCAGCAGGGGGCGCUACGGUCUUCACUGAUGUGGGAGCCGCCGUCCAACCCAAAAAGGGGUCGGCCGUGUUCUGGUAUAAUUUGUACCUGAGUGGAGAAGGAGACUACCGGACCAGACACGCUGCCUGUCCUGUUCUGGUCGGAAACAAGUGGGUAUCCAAUAAGUGGAUCCAUGAACGAGGGCAGGAGUUCAGGAGGCGCUGUGGCCUCCAGGAGACUGACUAACCCACAACUGCUCUGCUCCUCCUCCUCAGCCUUUCUGUGCAGCUGCCUGUGUUUAGAAACUUUUCUCUGGGGUGCAUCACUGGGUAAAGUUUUGAGCUGAUGAUCAACGUUUCCUGAACCAUUCGUCCUCACACAGACUAAAUCAAACACACUUUGAAGUGUUAAUGUUCACUCAAACUAAACAUGCAGUCAUACUUAUGGUUAAAGCCAUUAAACUUUGUGAUGCUGAUUUGCUGAUGAUGCAUCAUUUGCAUGUGAGGCUGCUCAUCAAGGGAAACCUGUAAUGUAGUUACACCAGCUUCAUGGGUUUAAACCACAUGAUCAAUCAAACCUUCAUUUACCACCUUUUUAAAAUAAAAGAUCAUGAAUGAAUCAGUGCUAACAUUUCACUGCAUUACCAGAUUUUUACACCGCUACCAUGGAAACCCCUCCAGGUUCACUCCCUGUCGGCCCCGAACAGUGUAUUCGCUGGCUGAACUGUGGAACAUUACUCAGGAAACCAUGAAUUGUUGGUAAUGAUUGAUGCUCUGCUCACUAGAUUCCGAGUCUUCUUUCAAGACUAAAGACAAUGAAACGAAGAAGCCAGGUUCCUGGUGUCCAAGCAGCAAAGUAAUGAGAUCACCAGACCCCCCCCCCAACACACACACACACACACACACACACACACACACACACACACACACACAAACGGGGUCAGUCCCUCCUUUUCAAAGCAGACCUGUCUCCUCCUCUGUUCAGUUGUCUGCCUGUUAUUUAUGCAAAGGAAACACUGUGUGUAAAUCUGGUUGUUUCUGGUCAGAAUUAAUAAAUGAAGUGAUUUAUCAGUUAA